CAAAAAUGGAAACCUGUAGCCAUCGUACCUUCCGUGUCUCACAACUCAACUCAUCAACCUCUCUCUUUUUUCUUUUUUUUUUCACAUUUCCCUCCACCUUCCAUUCUUCUUCCCCGUUAUUCUUUUGAUCAUUUCAAUAUCCUUUGAUCCCUUUUUCCGAUUUCCCUCUUCCAGAAUUCCCAUGAGUCCCAUCAUGGUAUGUAUAAUUCAGUCUGAUCAUGAUCGUUUUCACAAUCACAUGAUGAAUUCACAUAUAUAUAUAUAUACAUAUAUGACGCAUCUCUGCAUGCGACCCUGUUUUAUUCAUUCUAUAUUCGUCUUAUUUUGCUUUUCUUAAUCAUUGAUUCUUGAAGGGGUUUUUUUAUUGACUUAUAAAACGAUGAAGAUAUGUUUAGCUUUUGUUUGUUUUCUUUUACUUUUUAUUUUCUCUUCGUUCAGCUCUGUUUCGUGGCGGUUUUACAAGGAUUUUGACUUGGUAUGUCAGCUAACAGAGCUCUCUGUAAUUUUGACCCAUGAUUUGGAAAGUUUUCGGGUGGUCUCGUUUCUUUUUGUUUGUGUCUUUUACAUGUUGUAAAGUGAUACUGAAUUCUUUUGUCCCUAAUAAGAUUAAUAUAAAGUUUAAGGAGGGGAAUUUUACGUUUGCUGGCUUAGAUAAGAUUGAUUAGUACUAGUAUUUAAUAAAGGAGGGCAUCCAUAUUUCAUUCUGUAUUCAUUUCUUAGUCACUUAUGGAACAAUAUCUUGCUGAAUACUCUGCUUUGCAGUAGUAAUAAUUGUUACUACCAUUUGCUAAUGGAAAGUAGUCUCUUUUUCAGUUAUUUACAUGGAAAAUCCCAGUUAAUAUUUUGCAUAAUUAGGUUGAUGGUGCAUUUGUGGAAUAGGAAUUGUUGAAUCUGUAAUUGUACGGUCCAACAUAAUCAGCUGAUGGUAUUAGGUAUGGGGGGUUUGAUAAAGCUAUGGCUAUUGAGUAUUUGAGUUGAUUCAUCAUUAGUAUUUUUAAGUGGAGGAGACGUGUGUUUUGGGUUUGUUCUUAUUUCAGUGAAGAAGUUAGGAAUGUCUCUUUCUCAUCAUUGAAGUUCCACUAACUGUUUCUUAUUUUUGUUACCUUUUUUUUGUUUUUUUGGCCUGUAUAUAGAACCCAGUUGGUCAUUUUCAUUUUAGGCUGCAUAAUCAUAGGUGUUAGGAAAUAAAAAAGUCAACUUCAGAAAAUGAAGAAAGAAAUCCAGGAAACUGGGAUUUGAAUAGUGUUCAUUUGGCUGUAGAAGCUACCUUGUUUUUAUUUCAACAACUGGUAUGCAGAAGUUUAUCCUGCCCUACUCAAUGUAUUCGACAACGAAUUUUAAUGCAUUUUGAGCUCGUUCUGAGCAUCAAGAUUAUUACUGUUGUCAGGACUAUUCGUUCAUCAUCGAGUUAGUCCCAGUUCAUGAUCUGUUUUCGCUUUAAAUUCCUUUGUUUGAUUGAGCUAUCGGGUGCUUGCUUCUGUUUCAUUUUUCACAUUUAGCUGUCUUUGAGGUUGCAUGAUGAGAUAACUGAACUCCCACUUCUUAACUUAGGCACACUGGCACUGUUGCAGAUAAUGGACUGCUAGUCUGGAAUGGCUUUGUUCAGAUGUCUGUUAAAAUGGGAUUUUGAAAUUUUCACCUGUUAGUCCAUUCCAUUUUGCAAAGAUUGAUCUUUGUAGUUCGAGUGGAUGGUUCCACUCGAAGAUGAGAUGACUAAGUUAUGGCGGCAGAUCACAGUUAUCCUCUUGUUCAGGGUAGAUUGGAGAAAAUUGUUGUUAUUUAGUUCAUUGCUCACCAUAGUAAGUUUUGUUGUUCAAAUUUCUAGGCUUCCUUAUCCACUGAGAGAAUUAGUCUUUCCUUCCUCGGCCAUUACAACUUCAACCUACAAAAACAUUAAUCGGGUAACGAGUGAGAAUACUCAUUCUGCACCUGGUGUCCACUUAGCCACUCUUCAGAUCACCCCUGUAAAUAUUUCUCAAAACUUUUCAGCCAAAACCAAUCAGACAGAAGUUAAGGUAGACAAUGUAGUUUCUUCAAGAAGUAGGCAAAUAAAUAGAACUGUUGCUUCUCCUAGAAGACGAAGAAGAGGAAGACGACGCAGGAAGCAGGAAGAAGUGGAUGAAAUAACAACUCCACCAGCACCUCCUUCAUAUGCUAACAUGUCCAAAGAAGUUCUUAGACGUAUAUGGUCAUUGACACCACAUGAGGCGCUCUUGUACGCGAAAAGAGAAAUUGAAAAUGCUCCACUAGUUCAGGAUGAUCCGGAUUUGUAUGCGCCUUUAUUCCACAAUGUAUCUACUUUCAAGAGGAGCUACGAGAUGAUGGAGCUCAUACUUAAGGUAUACAUCUACAAAGAAGGUGAAAGACCUAUUUUCCAUCAACCUCAUUUGCAAGGAAUCUAUUCAUCAGAAGGGUGGUUUUUAAGGUUGAUGGAGGAAAAUAAACAGUUUGUUGCAAGGGAUCCAGAAAAAGCUCACUUAUUCUACCUUCCAUAUAGUGCUCGGCAAUUGCAGCUGGCUCUUUAUGUUCCUAAUUCCCACAAUAUUAGACCACUGUCAAUCUUUCUAAGGGACUAUGUGAACAUGAUAGCUUCAAAGUAUCCUUUCUGGAACCGGUCUCAAGGAUCAGAUCAUUUUCUUGUAGCUUGCCAUGACUGGGUAAGAAAGUACUAUGCAUAUUUUUGUGUCAAAUAUUCCCUUCUUUACAUGUCAAAUAUUUUUAGCAAGUUUUCAGUAAAUUCUUCACAUGAUCUGGAGUUGCUGAUAAGUCCAUAUACUUUAACUUCUGGCAUUAGUCCCUUGGUUAUUUGUAUAUGCCUCACGAAACUAGUACAACAGAAUUUUGUAUCAAAGUUCUUAGAUCUGAUUAGGAGAAAUGUCAAUGAAUGCAAGCAGAUAAAUUACAAUCUAUAUGUACAUCUUAGUAGUUACUGUUGUCCAUGUUUUUGUUGAUUCCGUUAUAGUUGCAGUUGCCUAUACUCGGAUAAAAAACAGAAUGCUUUCUAGCAAAUCAAGGUCAUUAGUUACUCAAUUCUUUGUGUUUUUGAUAGUGUGCCUUUUGUCGUCAUUUGUUGGUUCAUGCUGCUGCACGUCUUGCACUUUGACAUUAUGUACUGUAAUUGGUUUCAGUAAUUGGUUAUCAUGUUAAUUGUCUUUGAAUGUUCCAGGGUCCUUAUACUUUAAAUGAACACCAAGAGCUCAGAAGCAACACUAUAAAAGUGCUCUGUAAUGCAGACAUCUCUGAGAAAGUCUUCAUUCCAGGGAAGGAUGUUUCUCUUCCAGAAACCACCAUAAGAAACCCCAGGAGGCCUCUGAGGAACAUCGGUGGAAAAAGAGUGUCGCAGCGCCCAAUCCUCGCCUUCUUUGCUGGAAACAUGCAUGGAAGGGUUCGUCCAACGCUUCUCAAGUACUGGGGAGACAAAGACGACGACAUGAGGAUUUACGGUCCUCUACCUAAUAGAGUUUCAAAAGUAAUGUCUUAUCCAGAUCACAUGAAGUCAAGCAAAUAUUGCCUUUGCCCCAUGGGUUAUGAAGUAAAUAGCCCAAGAAUUGUCGAGUCCAUCUACUAUGAGUGUGUUCCGGUGAUCAUAGCUGAUAAUUUUGCACUUCCGUUCAGUGAAGUGCUUAACUGGAGUGCAUUUUCUGUCACGGUUGCUGAGAAGGAUAUUCCCAGAUUGAAGGAGAUUCUUUUAGCUAUACCUCUGAAGAAGUAUCUCAUAAUGCAAACCAAUGUGAAGAAGUUGCAAAAGCAUUUCCAUUGGCACUUCAAACCUGUUAGAUAUGAUCUGUUUCAUAUGAUACUGCAUUCAGUAUGGUUAAGUAGGUUGAACCAGGUCUCGAUAAAUGAGUCAACACAAUAGAUAUACUCGCUUUGUUGUUGUAUGUUUCCGAUUCUGUAAGUAGCUGGUUUUCCGUUUAUCUGAUAGGUCUUUUGUAAAAAAGAGUAAAAUCUGUACAGAAGUAGGAGUAGUUUUUUGGGGGGCAUUCAAUUCUGUGAUUGUAAAGAAAGGAAAAAUUCACCUGCUAUACCAUACACUUCAAAAUCGGCAGGCAUGUUCGGUGUAGGUUACUAGAUCAAGGAGACCUUUUUUGUACUUUUCUGUCUCAAAAUAAGAGUAUUUCUGUUUGUUAUUUUGGAAAGAUGCCUUACAAAAAUGCGUAGCGAAAGAGGUGAGAAG